CAACUCAUUGCCCUCUGAAAAGAGUGAACAGAACUGUCAGAAGAAUGGACAGAACACUGACACUGGAGAACCUGUUGAUAGUGAGAGCAUCAAGGGUAUUUUUGGAUGGGAGACUGUGGAUGAUACAAAUAUUCCAUGUCUUCUGAGAAAUCAAAGGAAGUUUGUUUCAGUGCGUAUUGUAGAACGCAAGCUUCUGAGCAAGUAUCCAAACACCUUUCCUGAUGAACUGGGCAAGAAAGAUCCCUUGGUUAGCUACUUCAUUACAGAAGCCGAGGCUAGCUUACUGAAUGAGAUCAACACCACUCACUGUGACUAUGAAUAUGGGCACAACCCAUUUACUGUGAAAGACCUGAUCGUGGAUCUAGAAGAGUUUGAGGAAUUCUUUAAGAUAGUGAAAAAGACAUUUCCAGCCGAUGUUCUGGCAAAAAUCAAUGAAGAGCCAGCACCCCCAGCUAUGCCAUCGCCAGUGAAACCAGAUUUGUCGCAGUUCUGUGGGUGGCUGCAGAUCAAUAACACAGUUUCCCCAUACAUUGUUAGAUUUGAUAGUGGAGUACAAGUAAAACUUGUGCCUGUUUCAGUGAUUGUUUACGCUGCAGGACUUCUAUCCAACUCCAGUGUGGAUGGCUUGUUACCCACCCCACAGGAGUGUGCAAUGCUGAAUGAAGCUUGCAGGGUUGCAGGUUUUGAUUUUCUGUUUGGGAAGAACACACGUCUUAUAUCUAUAACAGAAGUACUGCGAAGAUGCCAGGUUCAGCUAUUUGAGUUGCCGUUUAAAAAUCCUCUUCAGCAUGCCCGUUACCUAGAUCCCCGCACAGGCCAGCCUUCAACCAGUCCUCUUAUGGGGCCGUCUCAUCCUGUUAGCCCAAAGACAACUGUCCAUCACCAGCCCCAACCAGCUGUAAGGCAACCACAGGCUAGCAUGGAUCAAAUGUCUGUGAAUCUGGCUAAACUUAACUCAUAUGCGUCAGGAUUUCCACAGACUAAUUUUCACCAUUCACAACUGUCAGGAAGUUUAAGUGGUACCCGAUCAUCAGGUUUUCAAGAACCUGGAUCCCCUUCUGUGAUGCAUUACCAGCGGUCUCAUGCAGGGAUGGGCUUAUCAAGCCCACGCUCCCAGACAUACCCAGAUAAAGGCAUAGAUAAUAGUAGCAUCAUCAAGCAUGGACUGGCAGGCUCAUUGUGGUCUGUGAUGCCAAGAGCACCACCUCCAGCACAUGUGAACAGUGCAUUGAACUCUACAGUUGGGUCUGAAACUCUACCGAUAACACAAGACCCUCCAAAUACAUCACUAUAUCAACCUCACAGUCUUCCACCAAGCCCCCUGCUUCAUUCCACCAACUCUCCUAUGCCAGACUUGAAUAACCCUAUGUUUCGUGGCCCUACUGGCAUGUCAGCAAGAUCCCUGGUCACCCAGGCAAUGCACACAGAUCUUUCUGCAGGAAUUGCAAAAUACGCUGCAUCAAUGCCUGGGCUUCCACCAUCAUCACAGUAUUCAAACCCACAGCCCUUUCCUUAUGGUGUCAGCCAGUUUGACAGCUCUCUUUUUAAAAGAAAUAAUUCACAGGAUCAGAGGUCUCCGGGAGAUAAUAGUCUGUCAGCAUCACGAUCCAUCACUCAUCAUCGCACAGGAAAUGAAUCUCUAAAACACCCUGUGUCACGCUCUUCAAAAAUUCAUCAGAACACUUCAAAGACUAGAUUAGAGCCGUCGAAUUCUCAUACAAGCACCACAGUUCAUCCUUCCUAUUCUACUAACAGCACCCACUCCAAUUCAGACUUUUCACAUACAAUUUCUGCAUGUCUGGUAAAUGGUAAAAGCAUAUCAUGCAUCAAUGUAGAUGUACCUCAUCGAAAAGGAAGAUUCUGCUUGGUUGAGGCUGUAUCCAAGCUUUACUUCCCCACAGUGGUCCUCAAGAUAAAUCUUUAUGAAUGCACACCUGAAGAAGAGGCAGCUUUUGUCCAGUAUUACAACCUGCCAGUCAACAGACUGAAAUGCAAUAAAAUCAUCAGAGUGGAUGAUCUAGAAAUGUAUUUCCCGCAGUUGAAUUACAUGUUCACCAAAUGCUCAUCAGAUCCUAGCCAGACUCAGGUUGACUACAGUAUGGCUUCUACACAUCCAGGUGCCCAGAAACGCAAAUCAAGUUCUGCCCCUUCAGGUCCUAGUGCUAAGGCAAUACAGUCAAAAAUUGAAGAUGUUGUACGUAUGCUGCAGUCUGGAAAAGAUAACACACAAAAUGGAGGUUCAAACACUGGUGGUGAGGCUCCUGUAAUUGUCAUUGACGAUGAAUAA